AUGGUUCGUGUAAAACGUCGUUAUUUUGUUUUUCAAUUCCAUUUUCAAACUCACUCUCAUCCGUCGACUCUUGUUAAAUCGUCACAAAUUCAUUCAACGUUAGAAACAAUGAUCGGUCGAUUGUAUGGCGACAUUGGCGUUGCUCGUUUUACAAGGAAUCUUUCCGUUAUCUACUAUAACCCAUCAACACAUGUUGCAAUUGUUCGAUGCCUUCGUGAUGAUAAACGCAUGUUACAAACCGCAGCAGCAUUUGUUUCACGAUUAACAAAUGAUCCGGUCGAUUGUUCGAUUCAGACACUUCAUGUUGGUGGAAGUAUUCGACAGUGUAAAAAAUAUUUGGUGAAUUAUUGUAUNAUUGGCGUUGCUCGUUUUACAAGGAAUCUUUCCGUUAUCUACUAUAACCCAUCAACACAUGUUGCAAUUGUUCGAUGCCUUCGUGAUGAUAAACGCAUGUUACAAACCGCAGCAGCAUUUGUUUCACGAUUAACAAAUGAUCCGGUCGAUUGUUCGAUUCAGACACUUCAUGUUGGUGGAAGUAUUCGACAGUGUAAAAAAUAUUUGGUGAAUUAUUGUAUUGAACAACUACUUCAAAUGAACGCAGCAUCCAAUAGUUCCAGUCAAGCAACACCAUCUCAAGUGUUGUUUAAAAGCAAGAAGAAAAAGUCAAAUCAGCAUCAGCAACAAUCGUCAAUGGAAGUUGAUUACGAUAGACAAGCAGCAUUGCAAAAACUUUUGUCUGAUAGUCGAAUAGAAUCUGGAUCAAUUGUUGUAUCUAAAUUUGAUACUGAAUAA